CUAUAAUUUAUUGACUACCUACUCUGAUCCCCGUGCUUUAUUAUAAAUUGCAUUACAGACUGUACGGCUUUAUUUUUCACAAUAUCCUUAUUUCAUACGAGACAAUGAAGGCUCAAGGAGCUUAGGUAACUCACUGCUGCAAUGAAUGUACAGCCCCCGAAUAAAAAGCAUAGUCUUAGUUCUGUCCCUGCAGCAGAGAAUAGUGUCUAAAUACAUGUCUUUGAGACAAAAGAGCCUUGGUUUGAGAUCUUGUCACUUACUAGAUGCGUGACCUUUGCCAAACUAUUUAAAUAAGCUCCAAUUUCCCCACCUGUAACAGUUGUCUUUAGCCCACAAGAGGUUGAGGGAAGAAUUAAGUAAGAGUGCACGCAGUGACAGGCCUUUUAGCACUGAGUAACUGUGAACUAGGCCUGGGAAGGCGGAAAAGCGGCGCGCUGUGAUGUUUCUUUUCAGCGCCUUUCCUAGACUACUCUCCUGACGCCUAAAUUGCCACCCCCGCAGAAGCUCAGAAUUAGAAGCGUGCACGUAACUCCCCCUCCAUUACUGGAAUUUCUUCCGUCCAGCCUCCGCUGGAACCGAUUAGUGUGAGAGGACCUCCUCAUCCCACCGAGAGCUUCGGUUUCGUUCAUGGUCCAUCUGCCCUCAUUCCCCAUCCCGAAACUGCUGGGCCAGUUUGUUUUCUCCUGGGACAGAGAUAGUUUCUGGGGCGCGGCAUGCUGGGGGUUGGAGUCCGAGCCCUCGCGUUUGCCUCUACAGGUUCGCAGAGCCGAGAGCUGGGGAACUACAGCUCCCAGAGUGCUCCGCGCCUCCGGGAAGCCUCGUGUCCGCGGGCGUUAUGGGCGCUCCAGAGAUGUGCUGGUGCUAGCGGUGAGGGGUUCGGCUGGCAACGAGGAGCGCGGAUCUAAGGUGGUUCCGGCACAUACCGUGGGGCCGGAGAAGCUAGGUUAUACAGGGAUGCGGCAAUUCUGCGAAUCUGAGGUGUAAGCCGGUUCCCAGGUGCCAGGCCAGCCCAGCCCAGCCUUUCUUUGCUUUAGAGACGACCCCUUCCGUCGGCUUCUCCAGGAGUCGAGCCCGGGAAGGGGCGUGGGCGAGGCUGUAGCGCUCUCCGCCUCUCCCAGGCCACCCCGCGAAUCCCGGCGCCUCCGGACCCGCGGCCACGCUGCCGUCUGAGGAGGCAGGCCCCGAGCCCGGCCCGGCUAUGAAGAGCGACUCCUCGACGUCUGCAGCCCCGCUCCGGGGCGCCGGGGGGCCCCUGCGCAGCAGCGAGCCGGUGCGCGCCUCCCCAGCCCGGGCGCCGGCCGUGGACCUGCUGGAGGAGGCGGCCGACCUCCUCGUGGUGCACCUGGACUUCCGCGCGGCGCUGCAGGCCUGCGACCGCGCCUGCCGGGCCCUGGCGGAGGAGCCCGCGGGCACUUCCUUGGAGGUGAAAUGCUCCUUGUGUGUUGUGGGGAUCCAGGCCCUGGCAGAAAUGGAUCGGUGGCGGGAAGUCCUCUGCUGGGUCCUUCAGUAUUACCAGGUCCCUGAAAAGCUACCCCCCAAAGUCCUGGAGCUGUGUAUUCUUUUAUACAGCAAAAUGCAAGAGCCUGGAGCUGUGCUGGAUGUGGUUAGUGCCUGGCUCCAAGACCCAGCCAACCACGACCUUCCAGAAUAUGGAACCUUGGCAGAACUUCACCUGCAGCGAGUCCUGCUGCCUCUGGGCUGUUUGUCAGAGGCUGAGGAGCUAGUGGUGAGCUCUGCAGCCUUUGGGGAGGAGCAGCAGCUGGAGUUACUUCAGGCCAUUUACACAACGAGGCAACAACAGAAACAAGAACACUCAGGCACUAAGGAGGCCCAGAAGCUAAAACAGGAAGGUACUCUCUCUCACAAGUUCCUGCCACUACUGCUGUUGGUUCGCCAGCUUUGGGACUCUGCAGUGAGCCACUUCUUUUCUCUGCCCUUCAAAAAGAGCCUCCUGGCUGCCUUGAUCCUCUGUCUCUUAGUGGUGAGGUUUGAUCCAGCGUCUCCUUCCUCCCUGCCUUUCCUCUACAAGUUGGCUCAGCUCUUCCACUGGAUCCAGAGGGCAGUGUCUUCUCGCCUCUACCAGCUCCACGUCCGAGACUGAGCCGUCUUCCCAUGUACCUGGACCUCGCUGACCUCCUUGCCCGCCACAGCAGAAGCAAGGGGGGGCCUGUCCUGCAGGAGUGGGACCAGCCUGAUUCCAGAAAGCCCAUCUUGUCAGGCAUGCUGUGUUUUGCUGCCUGGGUGCCCUCCCCUUUGCACCCCACUUUGGGUGACCUUGGUCUGUAAUGUGGAAACAGAAUGGGGCUAGAGGGUGCAACUCCUCCAGAACAGCACCCCGUCACACCCGGGGCCUCUCACAAAGGAGGGUUUGGGAACAGGGACUGUGUCCCUGAAACAUUCCGCCUUCUUGGCAAAGGCAAGAGGGUGAUUGUUCAGGUCAGAGUGUUGAUGGAGCGGGAAGUUCAGAAAAAGCCUCAUGGAGUGACCCUUGGCCUUUCAUGUCCUUGAAGAACCGCCUCUGAUAAUGGCCCCAUAGGGCAGUACCUUAGUCAGUACCUUAAUCAGAGUGAGGUUUGAAAGGGCCUCUGUCUUCUCUCUCAUGCUCCUCUCCACAUAGCAGGUCUAAUCAUGUAUUUGUACCCUGUUCCUGUGGUCCGCAGUGGGCUUGAAGCUGCUUGAGCCCUCUCGCCGUUCAGACGGCAUGGCUUUCAGAACCCUGCUCAGCUCGUAUCGCGGGGUAAGGUGAUCUUGCUAGCUGCCUCUUGGUCUUCAGGUCGGUUUUCCAUGUUAUAAGCAGCCAAGCCCUGCUCUGUUACACUCAGCAUCUCUGCCCACCCCUCCCUCCCUUGUGCCCUGCAGACUUGUCCCAGGCUGUGUCACCGGAUUCUGCUUGCAUCUUUGCCUCCUUGGUGCACACUGCUGCAGGCGCCCCCCUUUCUAGGCCCCGUUGUCCUAGUUAUGUUCUGUUGUUUGUAUAAUGCCCAAAUGUUUCUGCUCACGCGGCCUUGAAAAGUAGGCCAGCUCAGAGCCUGCUGAGCUGAAAAUGGAACUGAGUAAUCAGGCGAGCUGGGAGGGAUGGGGGGAGGGUAGAGGGGUGACAUGGAUUUUGAAGACAGAAUGAUAAAACCUUAGGGGAGGAGGCAGUGGGGCCUUAGCAUUCGAGGAGUUGAAAUGCUUCAGUGUAGACCAGGCAUGGUGGCUCACGCCUGUAAUCCUAGCACUCUGGGAGGCCGAGGCGGGCAGAUUGCUUGCGGUCAGUA